GUCAUUCGUGACAGAACGCGUCACCUAACCUCAAAUAAAUUUCAGAGGCGUGGAAAGUUAGUUAAGUAGAUAACAAAUAUACAGUUUACGUUAUUAUGAAGCCUCUCAUGCUCCAUGGGCACGAACGUGCCAUCACCCAGAUAAAAUACAACCGAGAGGGCGAUCUUCUGUUUUCGUCGUCCAAAGACAACAAACCCAACGUUUGGUAUUCGCUAAAUGGGGAAAGAUUGGGGACUUUCAAUGGUCAUCAAGGUGCAGUGUGGUGCAUUGAUGUGGAUUGGACCACAAGUCGAUUUUUAUCAGGGGCUGGUGAUAACACCCUCAAAGUAUGGGAUUGCGAAACGGGGAAAGAAAUCGGGAAUAUUUCAACAAACUCGUCCGUUAGGACGUGUUUGUUUAGCUAUUCUGGUAACAUGGCUGUUUACACCACGGAUAAAGCUAUGCGUCACCAGUGCGAAAUUUUCAUUAUUGACGUGCGAAACGUGGAUGAGAGUCUAGCGCAAGCCACCCCCAUUUUACGGAUACCAAUUAAAGGCGCAAGAGUGGCGUCCAUCCUGUGGGAUAAUCUGGAUGAAACUAUCAUCACAGGACAUGAAAAUGGCGACUUGAUUAAGUGGGAUCUGAAGACAGGGAAGGAGUUGAGCUCCAUACACGAACACGAAAAUUUAAUAAACGACAUGCAGUGGAACAAGGACGGGACGAUGUUUGUGACCGCCUCCAAAGACCACACAGCUAAACUUUUCGACGCCGCUGAUCUCAUGCUAUUGAAAACUUAUAAAACCGAAAGACCGGUCAAUUCAGCCGCUAUUAGCCCCAUUUUCGAGCACGUGGUGGUGGGUGGCGGCCAAGACGCCAUGGACGUAACCACCACGUCUGCAAGAGUCGGUAAGUUCGACUCAAGAUUUUUCCACAUGGUAUUCGAGGAGGAAUUUGGACGAGUCAAAGGACAUUUCGGACCUAUCAACAGCGUUGCGUUUCAUCCAGACGGAAAGAGCUACAGUUCGGGCGGAGAAGAUGGGUACGUUCGUGUUCACAAUUUCGAUUCGUCGUAUUUUGAAUAUAACUUUGAUUAUUGAUGCGAAUAAUAAAAUGCGAUUUUUACGACU